AUGGCGACCCUGGCGGAUACGUUCCUGCAGGACCUCGAAGACCUGGAGUUCGAGGAAGAAGGUAACUUUAUCAACUUUAGCGCAGAAAAGAAGGAAGGUGAACAAGGCGAAGCUGAUAAGAGCAGUAAUGCAGAGAAGGAGGCCAAGUUCCAGGAUAGUGACUACGAAGAAAUUGUUGAUGCGAUCGAAGAGUUCCUAAACGAAAGGAUAAAAAAAAAGGAAAGGAAAAUAUCUGAACUGCUCUAUGAUGAGGACUUCCUCAAAAUAAUGAACAGCAUCAGGAACUACGUCAUGGAGGAGGAAGAAGCAGAGGAUGGCCAAAAUAGUGAAACUGGAGAAGCCCGUCGGGCUAAAAAGCGAAGGAAAAAAGAGCAGUCAUCUGGAGAAGGCGAUGGCAACGAUGAUGACGAUGAGGACGAGGAAGACGACGCUGCUUCCAAGGAGGCAGACGAAGUGCUGAUCGAAAAGUGCAUCGAACUGAUAAUCCAAAUAGACACCGAAAUCCUAAACAUCCACAAAUACGUGAAGGAUAUAUAUUCGACGAAAUUCCCAGAGUUGGACUCCAUCGUGUAUACCCCCCUGGAGUACAUCAGCGUGGUGAGCAAAAUAAAAAACGAAAGUGAUUUGAAAAAUAUUGACUUCUCAGAUAUUUUGCCGAACACCACUGUCAUGGCUAUCACCGUCGCGUCCAGUAUGACCACAGGGAUAAACCUAUCUGACCAUUCGCUAAAGAAUUGCCUGUCCUUCUGUAAUGAGGCCUUAGAAUUAAACGAAAACAGACGAAUGAUUUUGCUAUACUUAGAGAGCAAGAUGUUUUUGCUCGCCCCUAAUUUGACCAUGCUGUUAGGCAGUGCAUUAACAGCUCGCUUAAUUAGCUCAGUGGGGUCGUUAAAAAAUCUAUCCAUUACAUCAUCUCAGAACCUUAUAGUGGUAGGCAGCUCAAAGAAGUCUGUCCUUGGGCUUAGCAAUGUGAGGAAGACAUUCGGAAUAGGUAUUUUAAGUACCUCCGAAAUUGUACAGAGCGUCCCUGAUGCAUAUAAAAAAAAAGCCAUUAGUUUACUAGCUGGUAAGUGUAGUCUAGCAUCUAGAGUCGAUUACUUUAAAAAGUACCCUGAGGGACAAUAUGGGUUGCUACUACGAGAAAACUUAAUAAGUCAUUUAAUCAAAUUACAAGAACCACCUCCAAUGAAGCAGAAAAAGAUCCUCCCCAUGCCUGAUGAGAAGAGGAAACGAAAAAGAGGAGGGAAAAGAUAUAGGAAGUUAAAAGAAAAAACGGAAAUCACUGAACUGAGGAAGCAGAUUAAUAGGUUGCCCUUUGGGCCAAACUCCAAUGAAGACUUUUACACAUUUACCGAUCAAAAUGCAGCUUUGUUAAAUUCAAAUUUAACCAAAUUGAAGUACCAGUCUAAGCAGAAGGUGAAUAAUGUGGCCAAGAGGAAGAACCUCUCUGUGCAAUCCAGUGGAGUAACUGGAGGGUUGUCCUCCUCCCUGAUCUUCACCCCCCUGCAGGGCAUCGAGCUGUUCAACCCCUCUGUCAUCAACCCGAGGCCAGACCCUGUUGAGAACAAGUACUUCUCUAGCAAGGCCCAAUUCCGAAAGGUGUAA